AAGUUCUUCAAAAGAACUACUUUUCUUUGAUUGCUUUGUUAACUGCUUUUGACAUACAACAAUUAACAAUGCUACAGUAUUGUGCAUUGUUUCAAAACAUUUCUUUUUCCUAAGUUGGAUGUAAGUCUUAACUCAUAAAGUAGCCCUUGGAUAAGGUCAAAAGUGUUCGUUUAAUGAAUUAUUAAAGUUUUGUCACUGGAAGUAAAGGCAAACCUUUUGAACAACAAUUUUUCAGAAUAAAUUUGAAUAGCCACAAGGUCAAUGUAUUUUAUUUCCUUGUUCAACAACUAACUGUCACCUGGUCACCGAGUUUAAAAAUAUUCCUAAUUUUCGAAAUUUACUCCUGUUAAAAAAUUUCACAAAAUAUUUUCUAUACUCUGCUUAGGUUAAAAAUCAAGAUUUUGUAAUAGAGAAGAAUACAAUAAUUAGAUAAAAAUGGCAAGUCCGAGAACUCGUAGAGUAUUACAAGAUUUAAGACCACGAGAUGAUAAUAACAAUUGUUUUGAAUGUGGUGCCCAUAAUCCCCAAUGGGUAAGCGUGACAUAUGGAAUCUGGAUAUGCUUAGAAUGUUCUGGAAAGCACAGAGGUCUUGGUGUUCAUUUAAGCUUUGUUCGUUCUGUGACAAUGGAUAAAUGGAAAGAUAUUGAAUUAGAAAAGAUGAAAGUUGGAGGAAAUAAAAAAGCUAAAUUAUUUUUAGAAAAACAGUCUGAUUGGGAUGCCAACUUGCCACUUCAAGAGAGAUAUAACACAAAAGCUGCUGCUUUAUACAGAGAUAAGAUAGCAACAGAAGCUCAAGGGAAAUCUUGGUCAAUUGAAACUUCAUCAGCAAAAAAUUAUACACCCCAUAUCAUUCCAAAAAACUCAUCUAACAAUAGUCUACAUUCUUUAAAUUCAACUGGAAAUUUUUCUUAUCAAGAUUCUAAUAGUAACAGUCAGUUUGAAGAAUGGGAUAGUUUAGGUUCAGGAUAUCAAAGCAACAUUCCUUCUAAUCAAGGGAGUCGUUAUACAGGCUUUGGCUAUUCUGCACCUCCACCUCCUCGUAGUCAUUCUCAAGAAGUAUUUGAUGGAGCUAUGGCUUCGUUGUCUUCUGGUUGGUCAACAUUUGCUUCUGGAGCUACUAAAUUUGUUUAUAAAGCAUCAGAGGGUGUUGUAAAAUUAGGAUCUGCUGCAUCUCAGAAAGUAACAGAAAUUACAGAAACUGUAAAUGAGAAGGUAAAAGAAGGCUCAUUAAUUGAAGAUCUCCAAACGCAAGUACAUACAAUAGGAAAUAAGGUUGUAGAUGUAAGUAAGAAAGGUUGGCAAGAUUUGUCUGUAAUGUUUAGUCAAAAAGCAACAACUUUGGAAACUGCGGAAGGAGCACCUACAGAAAAAUCUUCUCUUCUAGGAGGCUCCAUAAAUAAGGAUUCAAAUAGGAAUAAAGAUAUAGAUAAAAGUAAUACACCUUUACUUGAUGAAACUUCAAAUUCUCCAGAUAAGGAUUCCUGGAGUUGGCAUGAUGAGGAAAACAAAAGCCAGCAAACAAGCCCAGUUAAAACAAAGAAAUCGCCUUCGGCCGCCGAGUGGAAUGCAGAAGAAUGGAAGUCGAAACCGAAUCGUGCCAACAAGAAUAGUAAAGGAAAACAAAGUUCUAGUAUUAAUCACUCAAAUAAAGGAAAAGAUAUCAAACAGUGUCAGGAAGGAGAAAAGCUAUUAAUAGAUUUUGGAGAGGAAUCUAAAUCUGGAAACGGCGAAGUAGAAGGUAACUGGGGAUGGGAGGAAGACGAUUGGGAAGACUUGGAAACAUCUAGUAAAGGAUACCAAAGGAUAGGCUCAAAAAAAGACUAAUUUGUCAAAACGUAAAAUUUUCUGAUGAGGGUUUAUGAAUUUUCUCCAACUAAAAAAAAAAUCUGUGACUGGAA